CGACAUCAAACGCGAUCCCGUUGCAAUGAGCAUCCGAUCGGUUUCCCUCUGGACAGACAAAAAGGCUGCCGCCAAGGCAAGCGAGCUGUAUUCCGAAGUUGACAAGAGCCCGCUCGUGAACCGCCGACCGACCAGAACAGGCCGAAAAAGAAAACGGAAACAAGGCCGCUCGGCAGUCGACUUUGUGCGGAAUGUUGUCCAUUCCCCAUUUUCGCAAGGGUUCAGCUUGGGCGUCAUUAUCCUGAACAUGCUCUUCAUCGCGAUCGAGGCAGAGUUCAUCAACGUCGACAACAGCCUCGCCAUCCAGCGGGCAUCGGCUUGUGCCAAUCUGGUCUUUAUCGGCAUUUAUCUGGCCGAGUUUCUCUUGAAGAUAUACUCGGAGCCAUGGAGCUACUGGGCCAACCUCUACAACCAGUUUGACGUGCUCGUCUUGGUGCUGGCUCUGGCUCAGUGGAUAGUCGGAAUCUUCACGGACCAGCUGUCGAUCACGCUGACAGGGCUCAAGUUGGUGCAGGGUCUCCGUGCGAUUCGUGGCCUGCGAAUCGUUGGCCGCAUCCAGAGCCUUCAGGUUGUCUCCGACGCUCUGGUCAACACCCUGCGAAACAACGUUGCAGACAUCAUAGUGUUGAUGCUGAUGAUCAUGUUUAUAUUCGGAGUUAUGGGUCACUACCUCUUCAGCAGUGGCGUGCCCGGCGACUGGGGCUCCAUGGGCAGCUCUCUGCUCACGCUCUGGAUCUAUGUCUGCGCCGAUGGAUGGCUCCCGUAUCAGGAGCACCUCAGCAGCGCGGGGUAUACCGGCAGUCAAGCCUUCACCGUCAUAUUCAUCUUCAUCGGCAACUUUAUUAUUUCGAACCUCUUCAUUGCGGUCGUGUGUCAGAACAUCGACGACGCUACCGAAGCCGACCGGCUGGACCAGAUGAGAAAGCGCCGUGAGAAAAAGCUGAUGAAGCGUGACCUCUUUCUCAAGAAGCAGCGACAGGAUAUGAGCCACUUGAUUGCCCAGCAAGGUGGCCGCAAUCGCAACUUCCAGGAACUUCUGCAGGAAAUGGUUGGAACGCUGCGACACGAGGAUAUUGCCGCUGUCCAGAACCUGGGCUGCAGUUUGAUGUGGUUCGACACGUUCAUUGUGACGCUUCACUACCACGAAAACAGCAUGUACCGCAUCCAACAGACGCAUUUUGGAAUUGCAAACUGCCUUGCGGAAUACGUGGAUCGCCGUCUGCAGUCGCGCACCCAAAGCGAGAGAUAAGCUGCGCGAUCAAGUGCAAUGAC